AACUCUCCACCAGUUUUAUCAUCAACACGUUACCAGGAGCACCUGGUGAAUCAUGGACUGCCAGGAUCAGGGCAGACUCUCGCUCGUCUGAAAAUGCGACAAUAUCAUUAUUAUUCUAUGUAUUUAAUGAAGGGACGGAAGAAAUUGAGUUUUGAAUUAGGAAACUCUGGAAGCACUAUUGAAAGUAUUACUGGAGACAUUGAUACUAUUGGUAAGUUUAGGAUUAAUUUCACACCAACCGUUGCUAGGCAACCGUAUUACAGUUACCUAGCAACCGAUCUUAACAAGAUCAGUCUGUUAUCUCAUUUCAUUGAGACGGUACUGAAGGAGGGGCGGAGCCCACUGUUUCCUGGAGAACGAUACAUAUUUGACUCUAAGAAAACAAAACUAGUAGUGUAUCAGAUGCAUGGUCAGUUGCCGUUGGAGUUUGAGGUCACCUAUUCAUCAGGGGAACAGGUCCCGCUGGUGGGGGAGAGGUUCGGAGAGGAACUGGCCAAAUAUUCAAAUUAUUUUAAUAAGAAAUUUGAAGAAACGUUCAACCUUAAAGAAAAGGGAUUCUCUGAUGAUAUGAUAACUUUUGCACAGUCAGCAUUUAGUAACUUAAUUGGAAGCAUUUCGUACUUUUAUGGAGAAUCACUUGUAAUGUCUCCUGGUAUGAAGAAACCAAUA